CGUCACGAUUCCAAAUUUCAUUUUAUUUUGUAAUAACAGUUUAUCUUCAUCGCACGCGUUUCAGAUAGAAUGAAUUGAUUAUUAAUUUAUGUUUGACGUAGCUUGCCUAGUCUGCUCCCUAAGGUGAACUUUUGACGGCCUGUGUCUGUAGUAUAGAAUAAAUAUGAGUCUCAGAAAAUAGCUUCAUUGUAUAUAAGCUUAAGAAUUCCGUGUUCAAAGGAAAAUAUUUAUAUAUAAGAAACAGUUACAGUUUCCUGGAGAAAUGUCAGCAGCAGAGGAGAACACAGGAGAUGCUCCAGCAGCAGCUUCAUCUGCUGCGGGUGAAAGCAAUAUCAGAUCUGGAUAUGUUGAUAUCAAGAAAAUGCAAGAGAAUUCUGGAGCUUCCUCAGUGUUUUCUAAGGCCUUUAGUAAUUUAAAGAAGUCUGAGUUCUAUGAGGAACCUCCCCCAGAAGUCAAGAGUGCAUCAGAGCUCAAUAAUGCAAAAAAUGCAGCAUCAGGAGGAACAAAGCCCGCGACCAAAAAUUGUGUUAUUGUCAGCUCAAGACAGAGAGGGAACCCCAUUCUUAAAUCAAUACGAAAUGUCCCAUGGGAGUAUGGAGAGAUUGUUCCCGAUUACACAAUGGGCAGCACAACCUGUGCCUUGUUCCUGAGUUUGCGAUACCACAACCUGAACCCUAAUUAUGUACAUGACCGUCUAAAGCAGCUUGGCAGGCAGUAUGAGCUACGAGUGUUGCUAGUAUUGGUUGACGUGAAGGACCCCCACCAUGAACUGAAGCAGUUGACCAAAAUCUGCGUAAUGGCUGACAUGACCCUAAUGCUGGCUUGGAGUAAUGAAGAGGCUGGCAGACUCAUUGAGGUGUAUAAAAUGUUUGAGCACAAGCCUCCAGACCUCAUCAUGGAAAAGCAAGAUGGCAAUCCAUACUCCAUGUUAAUUGACGCCCUCACAUCAAUCAGAUCCAUCAAUCGCACAGAUGCCAUGACCCUGCUUUCAAACUUUGGCUCACUGGAAAAAAUUCUGGCCGCCACACAGGAAGAGCUGGCCUUCUGUCCUGGUCUUGGCCCACAGAAGGCUACAAAGCUGCACAAAGUGCUUCAGCAACCCUUCAAGAAAAAUGACACACGGAAAAAGCUCAACAGCCAGCAGCAGAAGGUCUUAUCAAGCUCAAGUCAGUCGAAGGAAGUGGAAGAUGUGUCAGAAAAAUAGUAGUUAAUUAGCCUGGUAUUCCUUUACAUAGAGAAGGCCUCAAGUGAUCAGUGUCUUUAAUUGUGUUUUUGUAUCAGACAGAAUAAAUUAUUUUUAUUAAA